GUGGAAUAGUCGAAAUGAGCCAAAAAAAAAGGGAAACCGGAAAAUAAGGGGAGAGAGAGGGGGAAGCCUGCGAUGGGUCGCUGUCUCUGCCAACUUCAGCUAUGAAGAAGCUCCUCACCUUCAAUUUCUCUGCACCAAACUUACACUUCUUCUCUCCUUCGCAUUAAAUGCGGGCGUCUUUAUAUCCAUUUCUUCUCCGCCAUUUUUCCUCUUCUUCUUCCUUUUCUUCAAGGCUCUCUCUCUCUCUCUACUUUCAAGCUCUUCGCUUUUUUCGUUUCGUCUCUCUCUGCUUCUCUUUACAUUCCGGUGAAACAAUCAAUCUUUCCAUCUUUCUCUUUCACAUAUUUGCAAGUGUUGUUCUGAUUCAGUUCGGUCUUGAUCCGUCUCCGCCGAGCUAUUCCUCGCAGAUUCCGAAAUUCACGUAGUUUCUCGAACUUAAAGCUCAAUUUGAAAUCGGAGAUCGCAAGUAACUUCCGUACUUUAAUGGAGGCGAGGAUGAAGAAGUACCGGCAAGUGAGCCCGGAGAGGGCGAAAGUGUGGACGGAGAAGUCGCCCAAGUACCAGCAGAACCGCAAGGUUCCUGUGGUUUACUACCUUUGCCGGAAUCGCCAGCUCGAGCACCCUCAUUUCAUGGAGGUCCCUUUCUCCUCUCCCGACGGUCUCUAUCUCAGAGAUGUGAUUGAGAGACUUAAUGUUCUAAGAGGCAGAGGCAUGGCUUCCAUGUUCGCAUGGUCUUCUAAAAGGAGCUACAAGAAUGGGUUUGUUUGGCAUGAUCUCUGUGAAGAUGAUCUAAUUCACCCCGCUCAUGGUAAUGAGUACGUUCUCAAAGGCUCUGAACUCGUUGAAGAGUCUAAUUCAGAUCGAUUCAGCCCGGUUGUGAAUGUGAAAACUCAGAGCUUGAAACAGUUCCCUGAACCUACCUCUUCCAGAAGCCAUGAUGAUUCCUCGUCCUCAUCUAGUCUAAACGGGAAAGAAAUAAAGAAUUCUCGAGAUGACGAGCUCUCUCCUGCGGUUGAGCGUGCAGGCUCUUCCGGCGUAUCUCCGGAGUCUAGAGUCGGAAAGAAUUCUUCCUGGGCUAAUUCUCUGAGCUUAACUGAGUAUAAAAUUUACAAGACUGAUGGUUUAGCUGACGCUUCGACGCAGACAGAGGACAAUGUGGGUAGAUCAAAAGCCCGAGAAACUUGUACUAGAGGUGUUUCAACGGAUGAUGGAACAUUAAUAGAGCCUGACUGUGGUGAGACUUAUCAAAACCGGCCUCUGCGGGGAAAGGAGAACUCCGAAAUUUGCAGCGAUUCAGUUUCCCCUCCUCUAUCCACCUCUAGUGCCUCGUCAUCUGGUGGGAAGACUGAAACUUUAGAAUCCCUGAUCAGGGCUGAUGCUGGUAAGAUCAAUAGUUUUAGAAUUCUAGAAGAGGAGGAUAUUCGAAUGCCUAACCACGCAAGACUUAAGGCCACAAAUGUUUUGAUGCAACUUAUAUCAUGUGGUUCGAUAUCGGUUAAGGAUCAUAGCUUUGGUCUAAUUCCAACCUACAAGCCCAGGUUUUCCCAUUCAAAGUUUCCAUCCCCGUUAUUCUCUACUUCGAUGAUAAUGGGGGAACUUGACUGCCUAUCUGAAAAUCCAAAGUUAAUGGGUUUGAGAUUGGAAGAUAAAGAAUACUUCAGUGGGAGCUUAAUUGAGACUAAACUACUUAAAGAAGAUGGACAUACAACUCUAAAGCGUUCAUCGUCCUAUAAUGCAGACAGGACUUGUAAACAGCUGGAUCCGAUUGAGGACAACGAAGAGUCCACGUCCGGGCGUUCAAAAUGCAUCCCAAGAUCAAUCACGGCUUCAUUAAUGAAGCAACCGCGGAGUGAAUCUAUGAGAUCCCCUGCUUCUGAUAGGCCAAGAAACUCCUCUGAUGGAGUUGAUGGCUCAAGGACCAUCACUCCAAGUGUAUCGAAUGGUGCUAGUAAAAGAAUCACGGAGCCUUUCUCAGCUAAAAAUGAAUCAAAGAGACUAGAUUCCUUUAGAGAGGAGAAGGUGAUCAAAAUUGAAGAAAGGCUUGCUUCAGGAGCUAGGGUUAUAAUCCAGUCCAAAGCACCUUGCCACACGGCUGCAGUUGGUAUCUCAUAGAAACCUUUCUGAAGAUACCAAGUUACGGGUAAACCAUUUAAGACACUCUCUGUGCAACUAGGUUUCCAUGUUUGAAUUUCAAAUGAUGGAAAAAUUUUGUGGGCGGCGUACGUGUAAUGAUUUUUUGUAAAUCUGGCAACUAAAAAAAGAACAUUGCAAAUCUCUUAUUUGCAAAAGUGGGUUGAUGCCUUGAUGGGUUAAUGUGGUCCUCGUGGUGGACCAAUUCCUGGUUCUGAGAUAAGGACUUGGCCUUUUGGGUUGGUUUUUCAACGGGGAUUGUACUUUUUCUCUAGCUACAGUUAAAAGAUCUAUCUUUUUUCUUUCCCUCUAAA